UAAAAAUUAAAAACAAUAUACUAUAUUUCAUCACAUUCUAUUUUGUAGCAAUUAUUGUUAGCCGUUGUUCAAUAUUAUGUAAUUUUAACAUGUUUUAAUUUGUUUUUGAUAAAAAAAAAAUUAUAAAAACCUUGAACCUAAUGAAUGACCCGAGAAAUGGAAUCGUUGAGUAUUAAAAAUGUGAUAUUUUCUUUAAUUUCAAUCAUCGUGUUGAUUUUAUCAAUUUUAUUUUUGUACGAACCUACACAAGACGCGUUGUGUAGUUAUGCUAUUUUCCAACGAUUCUUAACUCACACUCCUUCGGUGUGUUCUUUGUUUGACACGGCUCGGUUGAGUAGGUACAACGGGGUCGACGGUGGCAAAAUAUAUUUGUCCUUCUUAGGCAUAGUGUUUGAUGUUACAAUGGGCAGAAAAUUCUACGGACCCGGUGGUUCUUACCAUUCAUUUGCCGGUCGUGAUGCUAGCCGCUCGUACAUAACAGGAUUAUUUGACAAAGAACAUAUAACUGACCACGUACUUGAUAUGAAACCCGAUGAUUUUAUUGCAUUAGAUACGUGGACGUCUACUUAUAAAAAAAAAUAUUCAGAAAUUGGUAAACUCGUUGGCCGUUAUUACGAUUCAUCUGGCAAAGAAACCGACUACAAUAAGUUGUUACAAGAAAAGAUUAAGUUGGCUAAAGAUGCUAAACAGGCGGAAAAACAAAAAAUGAAUAUUUACCCAAAUUGUAAUCUGGAAUAUAGUAAUGAAACAAAAAUGAGCAAAGUAUGGUGUACUACAUUGAGUGGCGGAGUAAAAAGAAAUUGGACUGGAGUACCUCGUAAAUUUCAAACAAUCAGCACUAACGGAAAGUUAACAGUACGCUGUGCUUGUGUACAAUUAGAAAAAUUAAGUAAUAAUGAAUUAUCUCAUAUUGCCCAAUAUGAAAAUUGUGAUAGUAAUUCAACAACUUGUUUUGUCAAAGUUGAUUAAUUAGUUUAAGCUAUUUUGGUAAAUUUUACAAAAAAAAAUUGGAUUAUAACAUGGUCGAAGAAUUAGUAAACUAUGCUAAUAUUAGAAAGAAAAAUAUAAAUUAGUUUUUUUAUAUUAUACAAAAGUAACUACUUAAAUUUUAUGUUUUUUAAUUAUCAUUUGUUUGCCAGAAUAUUAAUUACUCAUUAAGUAUUAUUUGAAUAUUUUGAAAAUACAACAAAUAUGUAUAAUAUUUAUAAAAUGUUCACACAAAAUAUUGUAAAUAAUAUUUGUAG